AUGUGUUACUAUGGUGGAUACUAUGGAGGCCUGGGCUUUGGCUAUGGUUGCCUAGGCUGUGGCUAUGGCUGUGGCUAUGGCUGUGGCUAUGGUGGAUAUGGUUAUGGCUGCUGCCGCCCACUAUGCUGUAGAAGAUACUGGUCCUAUG